AUGGGAGCGCCUCGGGAGGACCUUUUCAACAUCUCCAACGCGGCUUUGCAGCCGAAGAGCCUGAGGACGAGUCAUUUAGAGAUGGAAAGCAUGUCGUCGGCCCUCGACGACAUCGUGCCUCCCACUUACGAGUGCCCACUGCUCUCCCCUACUCACUCUGCCUCAUCCUUAGACUCGGAAGAAGAAUAUUUUGUGAUGACGAGCUCUGGCCAGCUGAUAUCGAUGGAGGAGCACGAAAGACUCUAUCGUCUUGAACAAGAUAUGAGCUGCAUGAAUCUCAAAGAGUGCUGCAAAGUCUUUCCGAGUAUGGACAUUUUCCAACCAGACGACUCUUUACCCGACGUCGAGCUUGAAUGGAUAGAGGACGAUUAUUCAUCUGGACAAAAAACAUUAUUUCACCUCCUCAAAGAGGUGAUAAAGCGAGCCUCUGCUCUCACAUCGCAACAAGUCGCUCAACGCAUUGAUGAUCUAUACCCGCCCAAUCGCUCUCCCGAGGAUCAGGCAAAUGAAGAUGCAAACGACACUCCAGGAGGCUAUCUGUGGUCUAUAUGGGAGGAAUUUCACUGGUUUGCGACGAGAAUUCCCUAUAACCAUCCUGCCCAGGAUCGAUUAGCCUCG